GCGCGUUACUUCGAUAGCGUUAUUUGCAUCAGGUAAUCUAUAGAACGAAUAAGGUCUAACUAAUUUCUCAUUUCUAAUUUUUCCUGAAUUCAUCGUUUCGAUAAACAAUUUCUCAUUGUUAUCUAGAGAUUUUCUAAAUCGUGCUCAAAAACACUCGACGAAGCGAGAACACGUUUCCGUGUAAAAUCAAAUUUUGUAAAGAACGACAAAUUGAAAUUUUGCAAGUCCAGCAAAUUUCUAUCUGAAUAUAUGAAAUAUCAGGUGAAGCAAGGUUUGCAGAACAAAUUAGGCGAACAAUAUGUUAUUUCACAUCGAAUAAUUUUCUAAUACAAGAUUCAAGCUAGCUCUCUCGAUUGCACGGCGAUACAGCUGAUACAGCGAAACCGGAAGAGUAUACCAUUUCUCCGAUGCGAAACAGUUCUCCACUGUUCUCCAGUCUUUUCCUAAGUACAGUCGGCGCUAUUAUUGCAGUGCGGUUUAAAUAUAGAUAAGAACGCGUAUUUUCUUGACGUAAAUCGCACCGCUCUUUUUAUCUCAAUUCAACGUACCGCCAAGAUCGAGACGCUAUCGAAGAUUUUUGCAUCAUGAAAAAGCUCAUGUUGCGACUCCUUCUUGCAUCUUGUGUUCUAGAAUUAACGAGAGCCGAUACCAGCGAUUUGUCAAAGCCAGAAUACAACUAUAAUGGCGCCAAAAGAUUGUAUUGCCCCUUGAAUGCUUAUAUCGAAAAUCAACCGGUUAAUCGAUAUGACAGUUCUCUCCGAUUGAGACAACUGAGAUCCGAGAUGGUUCGUGUAACCGCAGUUCAAGGGCCAGCACUUGAUGGCUACAUCGUUACUUCGGAUGACGAGCAUCAAACAGUGAGUUUCGUUUCUCACGGCCGUGAAGGCCCUUUAGAGAGUGAAGUCGUGGAUCCGCAUGAUAUGAGAAAAGAGUUUCUUACUGGAUUUUAUGGAAGUGCUGGAGAUGCUAUUGUCACUCUAAACAAGGCAAUACUUUGGACUGAUGGCCGAUAUCAUAUUCAAGCCGACCAUCAGCUGGACUGUAACUGGAGUUUAAUGAAACAAGGUGAAAAUGAGGUACCAACAGUAACAGAUUGGUUAAUACACGAGUUUCAAAAUCAGUCGGAAAUACGUAUCGGUGCUAAUCCGAAAUUAAUAUCUGCAUUUAUGUGGGAAAUAUGGGAAAACGAAUUAGUGAAUUCAUCCAUAAGAUUGGUCGCAGUCCAUAACGACCUGGUGGAUUUGAUCUGGCAGGUGGACCGGCCCGAAUAUAAUCCGCAUGCGGCGUACCCGUUGACAGACGAAUACUCCGGUAAACCAUGGCAAGAGAAAAUUCAGAGUGUCCGGCUGGAGAUGGAAUUAUCAUCAGCCGACGCAUUUGUCGUCACCGCUUUGGAUGAGAUAGCAUGGCUCUUCAACAUUCGUGGCUACGAUUUACCGCACACACCUGUCUUAAGAGCCUACGCGAUUAUCACUCAAGAAUCUCUGCAUUUAUAUGCGCCGCGACAUAAGAUCCUACGGUCCGUCGACAUACAUCUGAAAACCGACUCCUGCUUUCACGCAAAUUGCGUCAAAUGGCACAAUUACACAGACAUUUGGUAUGAUUUGAAGACCAUGUCUCAAGCCUGGAAUACAGUGUGGCUUCCAUCGCCUUAUGGCUAUACAUUGGGUGCGUCCAAAGAAAUAUAUAAUUCUAUUCCACCAGAAAAAAGAUUGGCUAAGCCUUCACCUGUAAUCGAUUUACGAGCAGAAAAAAACAAAGUUGAAGUGGCAGGUAUGAGAAGAUCUCACCUAAGGGAUGCCGUAGCUAUGUGCGAUUUUCUAGCUUAUAUGGAAGAACAAUAUGAAUUGGAUUCCGAAGGAUGGGACGAAAUGCAAGUGGCGAGAGUGGUUAAUGAAUUCCGUUACGAACAAAAUAACAACAAGGGCAUCUCUUUCCCGACAAUCGUGGGAUAUGGUUCGCAUGCCGCUUUACCGCAUUAUGAACCAAUUAAUUUGACCAAUACUAAAAUCGGAACCACAUCCACGUUAGUAAUUGAUUCCGGAGGACAAUACUUGGAUGGUACCACUGAUGUGACAAGAACUCUACAUUUCGGAGUGCCGACCGAUGAGCAAAAAAAAGCUUAUACCAGAGUAUUAAUCGGAUCGAUCGAAUUAUCGUCUUUGAUCUUUCCCAAUGAUGUGACAACAAAUCAUUUGGAUGUUAUUGCACGGAGACCUUUGUGGAGUAUCGGUUACAAUUACAUGCAUGGAACUAGUCACGGAAUCGGUCAUUUCUCUUCAGUUCACGAAUCGCCUAUUUAUAUACAAUAUGGAUGCGGGAACUCAGCAUGUGCUCUUAAAUUGAAGCCAGGAUUCUUCCUAUCAAAUGAACCAGGAUAUUACAAAGAAGGCGAUUUUGGAAUUCGUUUGGAAAAUAUACUUGAAGUUAUUCCAGCUAGCAAAUUGACUCAUAAUGGGAAAAAAUUCCUCAAAUUUAAAGACAUUACUUUGGUUCCUUAUGAAUCAAAACUUAUUGACUUCAGUAUGCUUACUCCAUUGCAUCGACGUUGGCUAAAUAAUUACAAUAAACGUAUACGGGAAGAAGUAGGUGCAGAAUUGAAAAAAAAAUUAAAAAUGAAAGCAUUUUACUGGAUGAUGAUGAAGACUAUGACCAUUCCCGAAACAAGUUUAGAUAACCAGGAUUUUUUUCCUGAUUAUUCUCACUCGAUGUCGUCUACUAUUAGACAAUUCCACAUCUUGGUUGUGAUUGUUGCAGUUUAUCAUACCAUAAUUGCAUAAGAAUGUGUAAUUAAUCUGGAAAACAUUUACUUUCCGAAUAUUUUAACAUGCGUACGCGUUGUGAAAUUUUUUUACUAUAAAUAUACAUCAUUUCUUAAGUGUUGAUAUAUUGGAUAUUGUAUAAUUGUAUUUAAGAAAAAUUCGCA